GUGAAAUUUAAAAAACGUUGAACGUUAGUUGGCACGAGCAGGACACGGCAUUUAUACCAAAACCAAAGCAAAAGCCUCACUCCACUUCCCAUGCCGCGCGGACCCAACUCAACCGUAAAAUCUCAUCUUCCAGUAAGCCAAAAUUUGUUCCCCCUCUGCAAUUUCUCUUCUUCUAUUCCUCGAGGGUUUCUUUCCUCUCUAGAAUAAUAAUAAUAAUAAUAAUAAUAAUAAUAAUAAUAAUAAUAGAAAAACAAGAUCUCUCUCAUUUUUCACGAUGUGGCGCUCGCUUUGGCGAUCCAUCGAUCGCUUCUCUCUUCAGCAUUUCAAAUCUGUAAUUACCGAAUUGCGGCAGAUCAAAGUUGUCAAUGCGCAGAACAGGGAUACAGUGGUAGAUCUUCUACAAACGAUUGUAGAGAUAGUGACAUAUGGUGACAGACAAGAUCCAUUAAUAUUUGAAUGUUUCAUGGAAUACCAAGUUUUAGCAGAGUUUGUACGGGUACUAAAGAUCAGUACAAGUUCAACAAUUGAGGCUCCAUUGCUUCAAUAUCUAAGCAUAAUGAUCCAAAACAUGGAUAGUGAACAUGCAAUUUACUAUUGUUUAAGCAAUGACUAUGUCAACAACAUUGUAGCACAUCCAUAUAACUUCGAUGCAGGAGAUCUUGCUCUUUAUUAUGUGUCUUUUUUAAGAGCAGUGAGUAGCAAAAUAAGCAGAGAUACACUUUGCCUUCUUGUUAAGGUUCAUGGGGAUGUAGUGGUCUCCUUUCCCAUGUACACUGAAGCUCUUAAAUUUGCUCAACAUGAGGAAAAGAUGAUUCAAACAGCUAUACGAGCAUUAACUCUCAACAUAUACAAUAUCUGUGAUGAUAAUGUCUAUCAGUUUAUAACAACUCCUCCAGCCUCGAUUUACUUCUCAGACUUGGUUUCUAGUUUAAGGAAGCAAUGUCUACAACUAGAUGCCCUUGUCAAUUCCUCAGAGGAUAAAUGCACUCAUCAAAGGAACAAGGACAUAUUUCUGAAAACCGAUAAAAUUGUAGACGAUCUUUUCUACUUCAAGGACAUGCUUUCUGUUGGCGAAUCUCGUCUAAGUCGAGUUGUCACCCAAAACCUUCAGAGUUUACUUAUACUCCCCUUGUUGCUUCCACUACUGAAGUUAGGAGAGAAUAAAGGUAGCUACAACAUCUCAGCAGUCACUUCUUUGUACAUAGUUUCUCGCCUUCUUCAAGUUGUUGGUGGAAAACACUUGAUAAAUGGAGUGGCUGGUCUUCUUUUGUAUCAUUAUAUGGCAUUAUGUCAGAGAGAUGCUAUUGCUACAAAUGGGGAUAUUGCUGGUAGCAUAGGUGAUGCAAGUCCUCUUCUCCACUCGUUGAAUGAUAUAAACAUCAAGGUAUCUGAUCAUGAGGCUGAAGGAGAAAAAGAAAUCAAUAUAAACUAUCUACUUCAACAUUUAAAUGUGCAAACAUCCUCAAAUUCUCAUUUUGAUGGCAGCCCUAAGGAUGAUAAUGUGUAUAUAGAGAGGUUUGGGAUAUUUGCGUAUUUGUUUUCAGACAAUCAUAGUAUAUCAUUAGCAUCUUUAUUUCUAUUGCUCACUCUUGCCGAAAACAAAGAUCUGGAGCAUUUUCCAGCAUCACUGCUUGGAAUGAGUCAAAGUCAGGGCUUGAUGAACAACUGUGAGUCAGCUUUUCUGAAAGUGGAUGGAAGUAUUCUUGUGGGACUUAUGCCUCAGAUUUUGAAGACAUUAUUGAAGGUUUUAGCAUGCCAACCACCGGUUUCCCCACCAAUGCAGUGGCAUACAGGGUGGUUUUUGAGAAAGCUACUUCAAUGUCAAGGAAAUAAGCUCACUGAUGACAAUAUCCACCUAUUCAAUACUUCAUAUGAGCAGUCCCGUGAAUGUCUUCAAAAGGAACUUGAUGGAUGCUGGUUUGAUCAUAUCCCAGAUACCAUAGGACAUGAGUGGGGAAGCUGUAAAAAAGCACUUGAACUACAAUUCCAUGUUAAGGAUCCCUUAUUUACACUGGAGCUUGAAAUCUGCCAGCAAGCAAUUGAUGGCACUUUUAACUCUUGCUUUGCUUGGGAGAGGAUGGUUGAUGCAGUGAAGGUUUUCAUUCUCCAUCUUCAACUCAAGGCACUUAUUUUCAUGGGAUGUUUACUUGAAAAACCCUCACUAGAGUCACCAAGUGACAGUGAUUUGGGUAAAACUUAUAGCAGAGAUAUUUCAUCUGCCAGCUUUGGGUCAGAGGUCUCUUUAGGAUCAGGAAUCCCUUGCAGGAUUGCUUUCUCGUAUGCUGGAGUCAGGGAUAUUUACCUAGUAGCCUUGGCCCGUGGAAUUUCUGGAAAAUUGAUUCUUGCUGAGAAGCAUCCAUUCCGGAGUCAACGUGGCAUUGUGAUUGCCAUUGCUCCACUGGCAGGGUUAAGUCCAAGGAUAGAUGAGGACCACCCAACAUGGUUACAUCUUCAGAUAAGAGAAUUCGAACCAAAUUUCGUUAAAGCUAAAGGCAGCGAAUCUAAGGUUUCCACUCCACCUGCUGAUGGGAGAUGGACACUUGGUUUUCAUAGUGCUAAGGCUUGUGAGACUGCUCGGUUAUUGAUUCUUGAAGAGACUUGUAAGCAGAGGUCCUCCGUUGAGAGCAUGCUUGCUCCACUGCUUCGGGAAGAUUAUCUAGUAAAUGUUUUGGAUAGACAAGGCGAUUAAAGCUCCAGCCCUAGUUCUAGGUUUGCUUAUUAACUAAAGAGAAUGGAUUUUCAUUUUGCAGCGGGUUGGUUCACCGAAGAAUUCUGUACAAUUUUGCAAAGGAAUAGGUGUUUACUGUGGUGUUCUUUUUUUCCCCUUUUAAAAUCUAAUUCACGUAACUCUGUCAAGGGAUCUUAUUUUGUUCUUCAGGCAUUAUUCUGUUGUCAGUGUGUAAAAGAAGAAUUUGUAGUUGACAUGUUUUAUGAAAUAUAUGUAGACAUAAGUUAAAAUGACAUUGCGAAUUUGAAAA